AUGGCGUCCAGCAAAGAAGUUAUUUGUAGAUCAAGAUUUCCUGAUCACACAUCCUUAACAAGAAAUAAAAUUGCAAAUAAGAAGUCGAAUAAGAAGAGCAAGUCCAAGGGACACCUUGUGCAGCGAUCGGCAGGAAUCCCGCCAUUUUCAGCUUGGGUAGAGCCAGUUGAAAAUCACGAGCCACUGAACGCUGUGAAAAAUGCGGUUUCAGAGGAGAUAAAGUUAAAAAAAGUUUUAAACGAGAAAGAACAACAUCUGAAGGAAUUCCAGCUACAAGUUGCAAGCAGAGUUAAAAUGCUAGAGAGAAUGAAAAGGCAAGAGCAAAUGGGGAAGAGUUUUGAGGCUGUGGAAAUCGUUCGAAAUAUUGUCCAUCAAAGUUCUUUUCCCAAAGCAGUUUCGAGUCAAAAGUAUUCUUCUCUUUCAAAACAAGAUACGUGUAGCUAUCGUGAUAAUUCGGAGAAGACUAUCAUGAGGCCGAUAAAGCCCGGAAUUCUUGCUCAUAGUCAUGAAGCAGUAGAUAAGGCAAGUCAGCUGUUAGAAGAACAUGCAGAGGACAUUCGUUCUACUGCUAGAUAUGCUCGUGUUGUCUUGAGGUCUAGAGCUUUAAAACAAGAUAACAAUCUACUGAACGAACUCCCUGGUGGCCAGUGGAAAGGUUCUUUAAAGCAAGAACAAGUAGAAGAAUUUCCAGAGAAUUUAACAGAGAAAGGCCAAGCUUCAUCUGAUGCAAUUUUCAUACCACAAGUUCAAGUAGGCAAUGUUACUACUACAUGUAAUGAUGCUAAAGAUUAUUGGCUUGGAGAUAAUGAGAUCAAAGAUUUCCCAAACCCACAAGAGAACGAUGACAAUGAAGGCAAUAAUGCUGAAGUUUUACCACAAUGGCUAGCAGAAGAAGAUCAAAAUAAACUCACAAUUUUUGACUCAAAUAUGAUGAACAAGAAGCAUGACAAAAAAGUUACUUUUGCAGAUGAAAGAGAAAGAAAUUAUGGAAACAAAAGGAAUGAUAUUCAAGAAAGAAUGCAUGUUAAAGCAAAUGAUCCUAACACUAUGAGAAGACAAGCAAUAGAAGACCUGUUAAAGCCAGGUAAGGUUGCCGAAGAUUCCAAAAGACGCCAAAGAAGUCAAAUGGCACUGUACAGGAAGCUAUUCAUGGAUAUUGAAAGAGAAAGGGUGAGAGAGAAUAUUCGRAUGAAAGAACACAGAAAGAGAAUGGCAGAAAUAAAAGUUGAAAAAGAAAUUGAAAGAUUAGAAGUUGAACAUAGGCAUAAGCAAAUGCUUGCGCAAGCAGAACAAAAAAGUCUGGAUGAAAAACUUGAGAUUCAAAGAAGAGAGGAAGAAGAAAAGGCCGAAUAUCUGAAAUCAGUUCAACAAAGAAAUGCAAGAUUGCAGAAGAGUAAGGAAUCGGAGAGGUUUGUUGAUGCUAUGAAAGCAGUUAUUAAGGAGAAGAUUAGGAGCAAGGGGAUAUCAGUACCACCCCUCUGUGCAUGUGGACCUUCAAUAUGGGACACGCAUCCUGACACAUGUGCUAAUAAUUGUAUCUAUUAUAAAAACCCUAAGGAAUAUGCCAAGGCAAUGUCAUCUUUGUUAAACUCACUCGAAUCUUAGCUGAUCAUUGUUUAGUAAAAUGGGAUGUUGGAUUGACGAAUCAAAGAUGUCUGUGCAUGUGCUAGUGCACUCCUUACUACCCCUCCCCCCACAGGACCUAUUUUGUGACAUCCUUUGGAAGAUUUCCAUGUGUAAAUACUGUAAAUAUGAUAUACAAAUACAUACACAUAUAUGUAUAUAUGUAUGUGUUGUGAGAAUUGUGACAAAUUUUUAUAUUAGGUAUCUUGUUAGGGAGUGGGAAAGUCUCAGAACAUGAUACUUGACAUUUUUUUUAAAUACAUAGAAAAAUGAUAUUCAUAUAUGGAUGAAAGAAUAGCUACUCGUUUUGUUAUCAAUGGUUCAUUCAAUCAAGAAAGAAAUAAAGAAUCACAGUUUAGUUUUAA